CGAGUAAGUGCAUGGGCUAAGCAACAUUUUGGGUAACCCACACAGACCAUCAAGCUAAUAAAGAUUCUAACUAUCCUUACUAUAGCUCUGCUAAAUUUAGGAGCUCCUAUUGAAAAUUUUAAGGCAAUUUAACAAUGGUUUCUUAUAUCAUCAUGGAGCUUAGAGAAAGCCAUAUGAUUUUAUUUGAUAUAAAUUGAGAUUUUCAGAUAGCUAAACAAUGGAUUAUGAAUAGACCCUGCUACAUUUUUAGAUUGAUUUACUUUCACAAUGAUUAAAAUAGCCUUUUCUUAGUUCUUACACUACAGAAUUUGUUACCAAAGCAGAUGGAGGUCAGAACAUUAAGGAUGAGGAGAGUGACAUCUCUCUCCCAACUAUUGCUCACAAAGAUUUUGAAGGGAAGACUAUUGGCACCCUGGAGUUAGCUAUAAGAGCACUCGGGUCUCAUUCUAUAAAAUUAUUUCCUUUCUCAAGAAAAAUCAGAAGUGCAGUUCUUGAGGAAGGCAGACUUGAUUGGGAUAAUUCUAAAACUAUAGUAACAGAGAAAGAUGAGUCUAAGAAGGAGAAUACUUAUGAUCUCCUGCUUAAAUACUACGGUGAGGCAUACAUGAAGAAUGUCAUAAAAAUUCAUCUGAGCAACCUCAGCACUUACGAGAAUCUGCAAAAAGUAGUUGAUCUUAAAUAAAAUGUAUUCUAAGAAGGACUGGCUUAAUAACAAAUAAGGAAAAGGGCCAGACUUUCAUGGAGUUUAUCAGGAGUAAAAGCCGCAAUAGGGUCACUAAAUCCAAGAAUGUUAUCUACAUUAUGUGCAUGGAUGACGAUAUCCCUGAAGAUGCUCUAGAAAAGCUACAAAUGUACUGUUCUGCCUUCUUCGAAGGCCUCACUGUUAAGAUUAUGGAGGAGAAGAUUGACGUACCAUCAAAUGUUGAUCAGCUAGGUAUUACUUCUCGGAUUAGGAAGGAUACUAAAUAAAAUUCAGUAUUUAGCAACUGAUUUAUUGGAUUUACUCAUGAAUGAGCAUUUACCCGACGAUGCAUACUGAGUUAUAGGAAUUAUAAACAAAGACCUCUAUCCGAAGCCAAACUGGACUUUUGUAUUUGGCUGAUCGAGGAUUCGGAAACGGACAGGAAUUUUUUCAUUCGCUAGAUAUGAUCCUAACUUUGAGAUCUCGGUUUUAAAUUCAAGUUCAAGCCAAAGAGAAUCUAUUAAUGAGAAGGAUGAAGAGACUCGCAAGCUGAUUAUUCAUAGGGCUUGUAAGACAAUGACACAUGAAAUCGUUCAUAUGUUCGGUGUUCGCCAUUGCAUUGUCAACGAAUGUUUGAUGAACGGAACCAACCGGAUGCAAGAGGGAGACUUAAAACCCUUCCUUCUUUGCCCAGUUUGAUUAAGGAAACUACACUAUGCUAUUGGAUUUGAUAUUGCAAAGAGGUAUCAUAACCUUAGGAAUGUAUUAAGUUCUGAGUUCUCUGAAAAUCACCAUUUUACUGAUCACCUCAAAAAUCUUGAACACAUUAUUUCCAACAGUAUUGGUAAUGUUUCAGAUGCAGAAAUUGAGAAAGACUACAGAAAAUUUUUCGAUAAGAUAUAGACCACAAAGAGACAUCUAAUUCGGAAAUAGAAUCUCAGUUUGACGAAUCAAGUGAAAAAAUGAUCCAAUUACAAGAUGAAUCAAUUGAAGCGAAUAAUAUGGUCAUCUCUAAAACUAGUAAACAUAAGAGACCUGAUUUCCAGCCGAAGGGUCAUUCCUCAUUAAAAGGAAUUCUCAGUUGAUGCUGAAAAUGAACCAUGUUCAGGUCGACUAAAAAAGAUAAUAUCAGGAUGAAAAGGUAGAUUUCAAUGCAGAUA